AUGGGUUGGUUCUGGGCUGAUGAUGCUGCCGCGGUUCAUGCCCCGUCCGCCGCUCCUCCGGCGCCAAAGCCCUCGUCCUGCCCAGUGCCACAUCAACAGCGCGGGGAUGCAGCACCACCUCCAAGCUGCCCCAUGCACAACAAGACCGUCGACGUCCUGGGCUCCGCAGCCCCGUCUCGCCCAUCCCCUCCGCCGUCGUCAUGUCCCGUCCCACACGACCAAGCCGGCAAGGCCGAUGACGCCUCGUUCCUGUCCAAGAUAAACCCCCUGAACUACAUGUUCCGCGAGAUAUCCCAGGCGCCCGCCCCCAACCAGACACACGCGCUCCCGGUCGAGCGGGACCCGAGCUCCAUCCCCAAGGGCACCGGCGACGGCAACUGGGAAUACCCGUCCCCCCAGCAGAUGUACAACGCCCUGCUGCGCAAGGGCUACACAGACACCGACGUCACGGCCGUCGAGAGCAUGGUGGCCGUGCACAACUUCCUGAACGAGGGCGCCUGGGCCGAGGUCGUCGAGUGGGAGAGGCGCUUCGGCGGCGGCCUGUCCCGCGCCUGGGAGAUCUGCCGCCGCGGCGAGGAGAACGCCGACGAGACCCGCCGCGUCCUGGACUGGAAGGCCAACGCCGAGCCCAUAAACCCCACCCUCAUCCGCUUCCAGGGCCGGCCCAAGGAGAUGACCCCCAAGGCCGCCAUGUUCCAGGUCAUGGGCUGGCUGUACCCAGCCAAGUUCGCUACCGAGCCCCCCUUUGACCGCCACGACUGGUACGUCGCUCGGAACGUAAACGGCGAGGAGAAGCAGGUGCGCUACGUGAUCGACUACUACAGCGGCCCUCCCGAGCCCACCGGCGAGCCCGUCUUCUACCUCGACGUCCGGCCCGCCCUCACCCCGACCGGCGCUGUUGAGCGGAUGAUGAGAUGGGGCGGCGACGUCUGGUGGAGGGCCUCGGGAGGAGUAGUACGCGAGGCCAACCAGAAGUCUCAACAGUGA